ACAAAACGAGGAGACGAGGAAUGAUAUAGGAUCGUCGAAGAAGGGUUGCUUGUGGCAGUAGCGCUGAAAAUUAAAGAAACUACAAUCAUUUCUUCCUCUUUCAUCUUCUUCACAUUCCUCCUUUUUUCAUUUGCUUUCUACGCCCGAGUCUCCAUUUCCCACCUCCUGUUUUCUUCCAUGGUUCUUUUAUUAGGACUCAGAAACACUAAUAGACGGUGAAUUUAGGAAGGGAGGUUAGGGAAGAUGUCGUCGCUGAAUUCGCCGUGCGCCGCGUGCAAGCUUCUGCGCCGGAAGUGCACGCAAGAGUGCGUGUUCGCGCCGUACUUUCCGCCGGACAACCCGCAACGGUUCGAGUGCGUGCACCGCGUGUUCGGCGCCAGCAACGUGUCGAAGCUGCUGAACGAGCUCAGCGUGGCGCAGCGCGACGACGCCGUUAAGUCGCUGGCGUAUGAGGCGGAGACGCGAUUGCAUGACCCCGUGUAUGGCUGUGUGGGAGUAAUUUCGUUACUACAGCAACGGCUCCGCCAAAUCCAGAUGGAGCUUCAGAGCGCGAAGAAGGAAUUGUCCACUUAUGUGAGUCCUCAGACUAUGCAGAUUCUCUUGGCCAAUCCUGGGAUGGUGCCAUCAGCUGAUAUUGUCGUGCCUCCUUCGCAUCAACCUCUGUUCAAUCAUGUUGGCAACAACAUGGCGCCGCAGCAGAUUUUGGUUGGCCAUGGCGGUGGCCAGACGGUGGUUCGCGAUCCUCAACAGCAGGAUUUUCAAGAAGCUCAGCAGAUAGCUCUUGCAACUAGGGAGCAGCAACAGAUGUUUAGAAACUACGAGCAGAAAGUGUUGGGUGGUUUUGAACCUAGUAAUGGUGGAUUUGGGGCCCAAGGAGAAUUGUUGUCUCCUUUGGCUCUUGGAAAUUUUGGUAAUGUUGGCGCUUACCAAAUGCAGCAGCUAGGGGAACAACAUCUCAUUGAGUCACAGUUGCUCCUCUCGCCACAGCAGGGACAGCCCCAUCAGCAGCAACAGUGUGAAAGUGAGGAUACAAAGAAUGUGCUUGAUUUUUCAAUCAAGUAGUUAUGGCGUCCAUUUCCCACUUUCUUAAAGUUCAACGCUGUUCAAACAAGGUAUUUAUUUGGUUUUCUCCUUAGAUUUUGGGUUUACAUAUCUCUCACCUCAGAAUGAACACAAAUUUAAAUGUGUUAGUACCAGUUUUCAUUAACAAAUUUCUUUCUCUCCCUCCCUCUCUUUUAUGUUUGCUAAAAUAAUUAACUUCAUAAAAAAUCCUUAGAUUUCUUGUACUAUGGCAACUCUCAUAUCUACUCCCUUUUUAAUGCUUGUCUCUUUGUAUCGCAAUACAUUAUUACAUAUAAUCAUCUUAAUCACAUCGUUUUCAAUUUUCUUGUU